AUGUGUGACGGAGAGCUAGUCUCCGUGUUUAUUUGGUCUCAGGAGCCUGAUUUCUACGACAGAAUGUUAUCCAUGGCUGGGAGGCCAUUUGCUGAGUUGGUCAAAAUAGGAGAGGCUAUAGAAAAUGGUCUCCAAUAUAGGAAAAUAGUCAGUAUCUUCAACAAAGCGUCUGGAAAAACUACUGCAGGAAUCUUCCGCAGGAAGAAAGAGGACGAGGCGAGCAUAUCCCACAUUCCGAACCCAAGUCCAAAAGAACCACAAUCUUCACGCAUAACUCUGCCUCUCAUAAAUUACUCUACACAUGCCUAUAAUCCAACACAUGUACAUUACGCACAACAAAGCUUCACCACUACUAUACCAUCUUACAAAGCUCAGCCUAGUGUCCGCAUGUCCGCUUCUGCUUACCAAACACCACCACAACAAACAUAUCAACCACCACGUCAGCAAAACUACCAUCCACCUCAAAACAACCCACCACAAGCUUAUCCACCUCAAAAUGAUCAAAAUCAACCACCGCCCCCAACAUAUAAUGCUCCACGUCCUUCUUUCGAGAGAAAGCCAACGAGAGAGUUCAAAAGACUUCUUGAGCCUAGGGCUCAGCUUUUCGAAAGGCUAUUAGUCGCGAGAUUAAUCCAGAAGGUCCUUCCAAAACCAGCAUAG